CAGGCAGGCAGACUGCGAGAUAACUAGGGUAAUAACUAAAUAAACUAUAGAUAUAGAUACAAAAGACAUGCUACUAAGUUAGGAAUGUUGGUCGCUAGAGUGACUAAUUGGGCGUCGUAAAGCCAAACCCAGUAGCCAAAAAAUACGAUCUUUUAUCUUAGUUCUAGGAGUAAACAAGGUUUGAUUUAAUCAAAACCUCUAGAUAUAUUUCCAUAUGAACAUGAUUGAGAAAUUGAAAGAGAAGACGUCUCCAAAAUUCGCAUUUUAUUCACGACAAUGUUAAGAAAUUUAUCGAAACUAAAUAAUAGACAAUUUUUUAGAAAUAAUAGAAAUUAUACGCAUUAUUUUACAACUCCUAUUUUCUACGUAAAUGCAGAUCCUCAUAUUGGUCAUUUAUACUCUAUCGUCGUCACAGACGCUUUAGCGCGCUAUAGUAAACUAGCUAAUCCUAAUGAUGAAGUUGUUUAUUCCACUGGUACAGAUGAGCACGGUAUGAAGGUUCAACAGGCUGCUGCUGGUCUGAAUACGACGCCAAAAGAACUUUGUGAUAGGAUUAGCGGUAAAUUCAGAGAUUUAGCCAAGGCUGCACUAUCUUCUCAUACCGAUUACAUUCGCACUACAGAUGAUCAACACGUAGAGACAGUUCACAAUUUAUGGAAUACCUUAUUAGCGAAUGGAUAUAUAUAUAAAGGCGUACACGAAGGCUGGUACGCAGUAUCAGACGAAGCAUUCUAUCCAGAAAGCGGGAUAAAAGAAAUGUUUGACAACUCCACAGGCGAAACCUACAAAGUCUCAAUAGAAACUGGUAAACGUGUCGAUUGGAUGUCUGAAACAAAUUACAAAUUCAAAUUAGCUGCAUUUCGAUUACGAUUGAUCGAAUGGCUCGAAAAUAAUCCGGAAGCGAUACAACCGCGGACUCAAUACAAUGCCGUACUCGGCGCGUUACGAAAUGAGGAGGCUGCAGCUAGCGAUCUCAGUGUCUCGCGGCCACGCAGUCGGCUUGAAUGGGGAAUAAACGUUCCGGGAGACCCCGAGCAUACGAUUUAUGUAUGGGUAGAUGCUCUUGCAAAUUACCUCUCCGUUGCCUCCCGACACAACGCUUGGCCAGCUGAUGUACACGUAGUUGGUAAGGAUAUCAUCAGAUUCCAUGCUGUAUAUUGGCCAGCAUUACUUCUCGCCUCAAACAACAGUCUCCCUCGUACUAUUCUCAGUCAUGCUCACUGGACUAUGAAUGGUAGUAAGAUGUCAAAAUCGACAGGAAAUGUUGUCGAUCCAUUUGAGGUGAUCAAUAAAUAUUCAGCAGAUGUUAUACGCUAUUACCUCUUAAGAGUUGGUGGCAACCUUAGCAAUGAUGCUGAUUUCAAACCAAAUGAACUUGAUCUUAAGUAUAAGUCGACUCUGCAAGCUAUGCUUGGUAAUCUACUUUCUAGGAUCAGCGGUAAAAAGAUAGUAAAGAGAGUAGAGAGCGCCCAGCAAUAUGGCCUAUCGAUUGAUCCAACUGAUAGCGAGAAAGCGCUUUACGAAAAACUCAAAGUGCUGGCUUCGAAGUACAGCGCGUCAAUGGAGCGUUUUGAGCUUGGAAAAGCACUUGAAGUCAUAGAGGAUACCCUGCAUGAGGCUAACAGAUACUUCACCAAACUCGAACCAUGGUCAGACAAGACUCCAAUUGAGGAGUGUGCUAAAGGCGUGCUCUAUGCACGCGAAACUCUUAGGAUAGUUGGUAUACUUCUCCAACCAAUCAUGCCUGAAAAGAGUAGAGAGUUGCUUGACAGACUGGGUCUUGAACAGUCGGUGCGAAACUUAGUAGACGCCGAACUCAAUCUUAGUCUCACUCAAUCAUUACAAAUCAAGCCAUCCAGAAAUGUAUUAUUCCCACCGCUCAUUGCAUAAUUCUAUAGAUUUUGUAUUACC